AUGAAGGGCGAAGUGGCAGCGGCGAAGAAGGCCGCGGACAAGGAAGCGGCGUCCGCCAGCGCAGCAGAGCAGGAGGCCAAGCUGCACAUGCAGAGGCUCCAGGCCGCCCAGAAAGCAGCGCAGAAGGCCCAGGAUGAGAAGCAGCUCCAGCAGGCCAAGCAGACGGCCUCGGCCGAAAGUGUGCUGGCUCAUGAGGCUGAGCACAACGCCACAGUCAAGCGGCUGGAAGCGAAGAUCGCUCAUGACAAGGUUCGCUUUAUGGAGAUGCAGUCCCUGCGCGGAUCCCUGCAGGGUGAGCCCAGCAGUGUGUCCAACUAUCUGAUGAUUGCCGGGGUGGUCGGGUUGCUCGCCCUUUGCAUUUUCCUUGUACCAGGAAGAUCAAAGAAGGCGAAGCAGGAGCCUUUGAAGGAGCCCCUUCUGUCGGAGGAGGACCCGGCCUGGGCUACGGAGGACACGGAGAUGACUGCGGAGGCUUUUUGCCUGGCCGCCCUGGUGACCUCUGAGCCCUUCUGCGAGGAGGAUGAAGAAACCACUUUGCUGCAUGCUCAGAAGGUACUGAAGCCCAACGCCAACAGUUCUGAAGGACCUAGAUUCUCCGCAGCCCGCCUUCUGGCGCUGGAGUCAAACUUCAGCGGGUCCAUCGCCUUGCAGGAGCUGAAAAACCGGACGAGCGUAUGGGCGGCGAGCAUGGUGCAGCUGACACAGAGUGAGCGGGCAAAGCUCUCCGCGGCUUAUGGGUCGGGGCUGACCAUGGUGCUGUCCUUCGCUCUGGCGGCCUUCUUCUGCAGCUGCUGCGCCAUCAUGGCGCUCCGGAACUUCAUCGAGGAGCCGGAGAAGCCGCCUUUGGCCUUUCCGGGCACAGAUGCGCUGCGGAGGCUGCGCGAGCGGUACCGGAACCCCAGGACGCCUCCGGGCACCAGCCAGGGCCAGCGAGGCGCCGGCGCCGCCGGCGCCGCCGGCGCCGCCCCGCCGCCGGAGAGUCUCGACCCGCCGUGGCGGGUGGUGGUGGUGGAUGCGCCGCUGCCCGGGGACCGCCUCGGGGUGAUGCUCGCGGAGGACAGCCUGGUGGUCACUGAGAUCACGGACCCCCGGGCGGCCGGGUUCGGCUUUCAGGUGGGCGAGCGUGUGGUGCACAUCAACGGGGUGCCAGUGUUCCAGCAAGCAGACUUUGAGAAGGUUCUGACAGGCGCCAUGCGGGACUUCCACGUGACUGGACGCCCCAUCACCCUCAGCACGGUGGAUGCAACGUCCAACGCCAGCAAGCCGGACCUGGCGAAGGAGAGCCGAGAUGGCGUCUGCGGCAAAUGGAAGCUGAGCAACGGAGAGGUGUUUUUCAUCAGUCAGAUGCCUGGGGUGGACCGUCUCAUGCUCACCAUGCUCGCGGGGAGCGUACCUGCUGCCUCAGGGCUCCUGGUCCCCGAAGCCAACGGCCCGGACCUGCGGUGUUUGCUCUUCCGCACGGACGGCUCGGAGUGCGGAGAGGUUCAGAUCAGCAUCGGCAAUGGCUCCGGCCUGGAGGCGGCUUUCCGUGCCAAUACCUCCGCCAGCUUCGGGCCCACGCUGCAGGCCAACCGCGUCCCAGGCGAAUUCCCGUCCCGCGCUUCCCUGACGCCGAUGCCCCGCACCUUCGACUCGGCCUCCAAUCGGCCCUCGAUGACGCCGCCCACGCUGCCGCCGCACUCACGGCCGCCCACGCAGCUCUGA